UACACAGAGUAAGAUCAGCUGGUCAACGAGAGCGUGAGUGUGAUCGGUUAGCGACUUGUUUACACUUUUAAACUUUCUCACAAAAUGUCCCCACCACGCCCAGGAACUCAGAGUUGCAAUGCCAAAAAGGCCAAGACAGAAGAUCAAGCUGUCACCAACUUCAGGACGUAUCUCAGGAUCAAGACAGUUCACCCAAAUCCCGAUUAUGAUGGCGCAUUGUUGUUUUUGAGGCGGAUGGCCGAUGAGCUCAAACUUCCUCAUCAGAUUGUGGAGGUUCACCCAGGUAGGGAUGUGUUUAUUAUGACAUGGGAAGGGAAAGAUCCCACGCUCAAAAGUGUCGUUCUCAACUCUCACACUGACGUCGUUCCAGUAUAUCCAGAGCACUGGAAGUGUGAUGCGUUUGAAGCCAAGAAGUACGAGAACGGAGACAUCUAUGCACGAGGAACACAGGACAUGAAGAGUGUUGGGAUCCAAUACAUUGAGGCAAUUCGUAGACUCAAAGCAGCUGGUCUUCAACCACUGAGAACAGUUCACAUGACAUUCAUGCCAGAUGAAGAGGUUGGGGGAACUCUUGGAAUGAUGAAGUUUGUGGAACAUCCAACUUUUCUCGGACUCAAUAUGGGCUUUGGACUUGAUGAAGGUUUGGCCAAUCCUACGGAUAAGUUUACUGUGUACUACGGAGAAAGAGCACCUUGGUGGCUUGAAAUAAAAUGUGAAGGCCAGCCUGGUCAUGGGUCACGCUUCAUCGAAAACACUGCUGUCGAGAAGUUGCAAAAAAUUAUGAACUCUCUCCUGACGUACAGAAGCGAGGAAAAGGCAAAGAUGGUUGGAUGCGCCACCCUAGGUGAUGUGACUACAACAAACAUCACCAAGAUACAGGGAGGGAUUGCACAUAACAUAGUGCCAAUGGAGUUCUCAAUGACAGCUGACAUCCGUGUCUCACCAAACACCGACAUGAAGGAGCUGGAAAAAAAGAUUGAUCACUGGAUAACUGAGGCUGGGGAAGGCGUUACCUACAAGUUUGUUCAGAAAUCUGAGGUCUAUACCACCGAGACUGGUAACAAGAGCAGAUGGUGGAUGGCCUUUGAAGACGCCUGCAAGAAAGUAGGAGUUGACCUUGAGCUUGAGAUCUUCCCAGCCGCAACGGACAGCCGGUUCCUGCGGAAGGAAGGAUACAAGUGCCUUGGGUUCUCCCCCAUGAACAACACACCAAUCCUCCUCCAUGACCACAACGAGUUCCUGAAUGAAGACAUCUUCAUGAAAGGAAUUAGCAUCUAUGAAGAGAUCAUCAUGGCCCUUGGCAAUGUUGCGCAAAACAAGGAGGACACAAACGGCGUUUAAGAUUUGUGUCAGACGUGGAUACCUCUGAGCCAAUUGUCAUAAAGCUAUUUGUGAUAAAAACACUUUGUGCAAAAUUGUGCUCAAUUUUAAGUUUAUACUGCUAUGGAUUGGGUAAGCGUUUAUAACUUUGUUUUAUUAUUGUUUAAUAAGUUGAUUACUAUUUAACAAAUCAUUAUUAAAAUUAUUAAUUUUAAUUAAAAUUUAUUUUGUAUAAGAUAUGACAUUCUAGAACAUUUUGAGUGUGUGAGCCCAUUCACAGUUGUUUGCAGUAAACGAUUCUGCUUAAAGCCGUUUGAAAUUGCCCCAAAUGUUAUUGGACAACUCAAGAAGGUGCCAAGGGGGGAAAAGUUCAAAUUUUGAUAAUUACUUUAUAUUUAUCUUUAAAAUGAAAAGUGGCUGUUAAGGAUGAUAACAUUGUCGAGUCAGUGGCCCAACUUAAUGACUCUGUUUAUGAAAGCAGCCUGAAAUUCUGCUUGUAAAUAAAGUGACCAGAAAGUGGCCAGAACUGUCAACUCUUCCAAACCAUUUAAUCCAGCAUUUAAUAAAAAAGGAAGUAAGAUUAAUCAUUUACUAUGAAAUGAAGUAAGAUGAUAGACAGUGGACACUACUGGUUACUUCACAGUUUGUGUAUCUCAACUUAUGCAUAAAAUAACAAACCCGUGAAAA